AUGGUGAGGAAGAAGAAUCCCCCUAUCCGCAGCGUGGGAGGUGAGGAGGAGGAGGAAGAGGAAGAGGGGAGCAGGCCGGCAGGCGACGAGGAGGAGGACGGCGAGGAGGACGAGGGGCACGUGGGAGCUGAGGCCGACCGAAUAAGCCGCCCGUCGGAACCCGAGGAGCGAGUCCGGGGUGAUGAGGAGCCCGAUGAAGAGGAGGAGGAGGAAGGAGAAAGUGAGUGCAUUUCCUCGUCUCUCUCGCCCUCAUCCGUUGGCAACGAGGAGCGAGUUGGGAGGAGGGGAGGAGGAGGGAGGUCUUCGCAAGUAGGACCGAGAGCGGCCGAGUCGGACUCAGAAGACAAGGUGGGCAAAGGCGAGCCCCCUGGGCCGGACGUAGGCAGGGAGGAGUUGGCCCCGGACACGCCACCGCUCUCCUCCAGUCCCUCCCCCAAGCUGCAGGACUACAAAUGCAACGUGUGUGGUUACGGUUACUACGGCAACGACCCCGCCGACCUGGUGAAGCACUUUAGGAAGUAUCACCUCGGCCUGCACAACCGCACACGGCAGGACGCUGCCCUCGACACACACAUCCUGGCUCUCCACAACAUGGCGCCCCCGCACACACCACUAGUCAUGCAGACAGGAGAGGGGCCUAAGAACCAAGCCAAAGAGUCCGGCAAGAACAGACCAGAGCUUCACCAUCAGCAGCACAGGACAGUGGUGAUGAACGGCACAUAUGACAUCCAGGUGACGUUGGGUAGCACACUUAUCGGAAUCGGCCGCAAAACCUCCGACUGCCAGGGCAACACAAAGUACUUCCGAUGUAAAUUCUGCAACUUCACGUACAUGGGCAGCAAUUCCAUCGAACUGGAGCAGCACUUCCUGUCCUCACACCCCAAUAAAGCAAAGACCUCACCACCCGCGCCGCCGCUGAUCAAUGACUGCCAGAGCAAAGGAAGAAGUCCGAUACCGGACGGGGCGGAGCGAGUGGCGGUUCGAGCGGAGGACGACUCCCUUGUGGGUUAUUCCAUCCCAAUCCGGGCGGAUUCCUCGGGGUGGCCGGCGGAAGGGACACGGGCGUACUACUGGUGCAAGUGCUGCAGCUGGAGCUGCGAGUGGUCGGGAGGCUCGGGCAAGCUUUUGGAGCACUAUGAGCAACGACACAGGAUGACCACGACGAGCCCCAACGACUCCAGGAGGGAAGGGGAAAGAGACCCCCUGCUUUCCAAAAGCCGCAAGGAUGUGUCAUCCAGUUCCAACCAAGGCGAUGCCAACAGCGGCGACGCCGAGGCAGUGGUGACCAGCUACAACUGCCAGUUGUGUGAUUUCCGCUACUCCAUGGCGCACGCCGGCGACGUGAUCGUGGUGGCGCCGUUGCUGCUACACUACCAGCACAACCACUCCAUCCAUCGUUGCUGUAUCCAGCACUGCAUGUACUGCCCGCAGGGUCUUUGUCAGCCUCAAAAGCACUUGGGAGAGGUCUCCCACCCCUUUGCCUGCCGAAAGUCCACCUGUCCAAAAUGUUGUACCAAAUUCCCGCCGUCCACCAAACAACAAGAAACGAGCGGGUCAACGCCACCUCCUUAUCCCAGAAGCGACCCCAGUGUGACAUCCGCUUCCAGUGUUCACUCCUCGACCUCAGUUGCCUCGCAAGGUGUCACUCAUCUGUGCGACCAAUGCGCCUUCGCCACCGCCGACAUUGACGUGCUGCUGCAGCAUUAUGAUAGUUGCCACAGCAUAAUCAACCUAAAGGGGACGCCGCCAAACGUCAAGGCUGAGGAACAGGAAGGCAGCGGAGGUGGCGGUCCGGACAAAGAGGCUAGCCGGGAGUACUCAUGCACAAAGUGCCACUUUAUUACAGAAGUGGAGGAGGAGAUCUUUAGACACUACAGGCGUGUCCACGCGUGCUGUCGCUGUCGCCACUGCGACUUCACGGCGCCCGAUUCGUCGGCGCUCCUCGACCAUUUCAACUCGGCCCACUGCCACGACGCUUCGCUGUCGGCGACUUCGCUCACUCCGUCUCUGACGCCGUCAGCCAACGGCUGCUCUGCGCCUUCCACGUUGGCAAUCAAGGAGGAGAGUAAAGGGGAUCUGCGCCUCCUCUACUCGCUAGCGCCACCUGAGGGACGCCUUGCUGAGGGGGGCCGCGAAGAGAUCGUCAAGAGCGAGGAGAAGGACAGAGAGCAUGAGAAAGGUUGGGUGCUCGGAGAAACGAGAAGUGGUGAACAAGCCCACGGUCUGCUUUGGGUGCCCAAGGAGCGCAUGGGACCAGAACCGUCGCUGUUCCCCUCACCUCUCUCCGUGGCGUUUGUUUCCGCCAACCACGAAGCCUCGCAUCAGAAGCGAACCGGCGGCGUGGCCUCACCCAGCAUGGUCUACCUAGGAGAUACCAAGUCGUUUUUGGGUGACGCCAAGCUGUACGGAGGAGGAGGUCGACCAGGCGGAGGAGCUGCUGCCAGCGGAGGGGAGAAAAUUAGCCAGGUGCCAUCCCAGCAAUAUACAGGAGGAGGAUCAGGAGGAGGAAGUGGAGGAGUUCAGGAGGUCAAAGGAGGAGCUGCUAAAGAAGAGUCCCAGUCACUGCUACGGCGACGAAGAGGCAGUGGGGUCUUUUGCGCCAACUGUUUGACCACCAAGACGUCGCUGUGGAGAAAGAACGCCAACGGCGGCUACGUCUGCAACGCCUGCGGCCUCUAUCAAAAGUUGCAUUCGACGCCCCGACCUCUGAACAUCAUCAAGCAAAACAACGGUGAGCAAAUCAUCCGCCGGCGCACGCGCAAACGCCUCAAUCCGGACACGUUGCCGCCCGAAAACCCCGCCCCCAAGCAGCAACGCGCCGCCGUCGAGGAGCGCGUCAACGGCGACGAGUCUGACCGGAGCUGCGCGUCGGUCAAGAGCCAGCAACAGCAGCCGUCGCCUCGUUCGCGUUCGCCGCGCUCCACGCAGGCCUUCCUAGCCAACCAGACGCUGGAGAUCCACCGCCGCAUGCCGCCGCUGUUGCUUCCGGCACACCCAGCCUCUUCGGAGGUGGCGGAGGUGCUGGCCAAAGUCGAAGCGGGGAAAGUCGCUUCUGGCGGGGGAUCGGAAAGAGGAAGUCCCAUCGAGAAGUACAUGCGGCCGUCCAAACCGUCCAGCUACUCUCCUCCGGGUUCACCUAUUGAGAAGUACCAGUACCCUUUGUUCCCCGUGCCGCUUCCCCUAACCCUUUCGCCGGACUUGACGCCUGAGUCCGACUGGCUGCGAUUCUGGACCAAAUACAAGAUGGCUGCGGCCUCCGGCAUGGGCAACCUGGGCGGUGCAGCAGGUCUUGCUAACAAUGCCCACUACCUGGGCGCCAUGGUGGCACCGGUGCAGCAGCACCACCCGCCCAGUUACACGGUCCCUUACUGCGCCUCGCCAUACUCGCCGCUUCCACCACCUCCCGCCCCGCCACAGUACCCACCUACACCGCUCCACCCUCAAACCCCGUCGUCGUCAUCCGCAGAGACUGACGCGCCUUUGGACCUCGCCAUACGCCAGCGGGAGGCCGGCGAUCGCACGGAAAAGCGGAAACGGGAAUCGCCGUCAACCGAGAGUCGGAAAGGAGAUGACGAAGAAGCCAAUGCCCAGAACUCAUCGGCCCGGGCCACGGUCGAUGUCGCUACACAAGACGAUCCCACCAACCGUUGCCUGCACUGCGGCAUCUACUUCCUGGACGAUGUCAUGUACGCGCUUCACAUGAGUUGCCACGGCGAGAAGGGAACUUUCCAGUGCAGCUUCUGCUUACACGUUUGCGCCGACCGCUAUGACUUCACCACGCAUAUACAGCGCGGGUUACACCGCUACACAGACAAAAAGACGCCAACGGAGGAUCAGGACGACUCCGCCUUGACGUCCGAGCCUCAACAUCGAGAUUCGGACCCGGAGCGUACGGAUUUGACAUCGAAGAAUAUAGAUUCGUCGGCAGAUUCGUCCGUCGAGGAAAAAAAUGGAGAUGCCGCAGAAAAAGACAUUUCCGGCCCAGAGGCCACGGAUGGAAACGAUGAAGGUAUCAAGACGCUGUCCGAAGGCAACAAGACUGCAUCCGAUGACGGCAAAGAGCCGAUGGACGAGGAGGACAUGGAGACUAAAUGA